CGGCCAGUUUCUUCAUUGCAAGCAACAGCCAAAGUAAUGGCUUAAAGUAAAAGUAACGGUCAAAUUUGUUUCUUCACAGUUUAAUCUUUUGCCUUUACUAUUGCUUUUACCUUUAACUUUUACUGCUCAAUAGGCUGCUGUAAAAGCUACAGUACUUGUCAUUUGUCAACAUUUUAGGUUAUAUUUACUUUUUCAACAGUAUUUUACGGUUCCACCGAGUUUUAUCAUUUUAUUUGAUACUACUUAUUGAUUGUACUUAAUUAAAGUAUCAAAAUGUUUUCAAGAUCUUCAAGUGAAAGUUCAAGUUCAUCAGAUGAUGAACUUAUUAUAAGUUAUUUAACGCAUCGGCGUAAAAGAUUUAAUAUUCGGAAGGAUCAUUUUUUAUGGGACGACGCUGAUUUUCUGUUCCGAUACAGAAUGCCAAAGGAAACAGUUACAUACCUCAGUAUAUUGUUGCAAGAUAAGCUGACGUCAACCACGGUUAAGAAUAAAGCUCUAUCAGUGAAAGAACAAUUAUUGCUGGCUUUACGCUUUUAUGCUACUGGAUCGAUGCAACAAGUUGUUGGAGAUAUAGCUGGUGUACAUAAAAGUACAGUAUGUAAAUGUGUUUUUAAAGUGUCAUCAGCUAUAGCUUCAUUAGCAGGGAUGUUUAUACAAAUGCCUACAAACGAAGAACUAGAAAGUAUAUCUUGCCAAUUUUAUGAUAUAGCCCGUUUUCCAAAAGUAAUUGGGGCUAUCGACUGUACACAUAUAGCAAUUGUAUCACCAGGAGGUGAAACAGCGGAGUUGUACAGAAAUAGGAAAGGUGUUUUUUCCUACAAUGUUCAAACAAUAUGUGAUCCAAAUUUAAAAAUUAGAAACAUAGUUUGUCGUUGGCCUGGAGGAUCACACGAUAGUACAAUUUUCAACAAUAGCAAUGUUAAAGAAAUAUUUGAGCGUGGCCAGUAUGGGGACUAUGUUUUGUUAGGAGAUUCAGGGUAUCCAGCAGAACGUUACUUACUGACUCCUCUGAGAAACCCAGUAACCCCAGGAGAAAUAUUGUACAACAAAACCCAUAUCAAAACAAGAAAUACUGUAGAGCGCUCAUAUGGGGUAUGGAAACGUAGAUUUCCAUGCAUUGGCUCGAAGCUGAGACUAAAGCAAAACCGGAUCGAAGCUGUGGUUGUAGCCACAGCUGUGCUGCAUAAUAUAUGUAGGACCAGAAACGAUCCCGAGCCAGAUUUACCGGUCCAAAUAGAAAUAAGGAAUGAUGAGAGCAACGUCCCGAACUCUAUAGAUAACCGCAAUGGGCAAACUGUUAUCAGUAAUUUAAUUCACCACUAUUUUGACAGAUUAGCUGCAGAUUGAAGUGACAAGAUAACUGUGUGUAAUAUAUAUAGAUAUGUAUUUAAAAACCUAUUAUACCUA